AUGCGAGCAUUUGAGCAUGCGCGCGCCACCAAAGGAAUACUUCAAAAGCUUCAGAAUACAGCUUGUCACAUAAGGGUCGAAAAUCCCGAAAACGACGGGCGCACCAUAGGAGUCCACAUCGAUGAUCCGCUCUCGAGAGCAUUCUUCUUGAUUUGCCAGUUCAUAUGA